CAUCACCGCUCUCAAGGGCUAAAUUUACCCCAGCGAGACCGAAUUGGAGGAGGAUCAAAAAUAAAUGAACCUGACAAAAUGAUUAAGUAAUAAGAAGAGAAAAGCUGACAAUUGUAUGAAACUUGGAGUAACCUAAUUCGUAAACUAAAAUGUUGGGAAUUAGUUUAUUAUUAGUUAGUUGUUUCGUUGGACUUUUUACAAUCUUUUCUCAAUCCAGUUGUUUUUUGAUUGGUCGUUCAGGUAUGCACUUUUAUCGCUAAAGAACAAAUAACUUAAUUCAAUAGAAAUAGAUUUUUUAAUAGGUAUUCCGUCCUUCUUAACAAUACCAGAAUCCUUUAAUUCGGUUGAAAAUGUGUCUCACAAAAGGAUACUGAACGAUAGCUUGUAUGGCGCUAAAUUGGCUACAUUGGGGACUAAGUCUGACGAAAAAAUGACUAUAAACCACGCGAAGGAAAUUCAACGUAAAAAAAGAUUAGGGACAGGUUUAAAAAAUUCGGAAGAACUGUUUGCGAUCAAAACUAACACUAGUUUCUUGGAACAUAACUCAAGCAUGGCUUUCUCUAAGAACAUUCUACGAAAUGUUAUUUUGACUCUCGUUGACACGACUGGACAAAUAAGAGACGAGUUUUGGAAUGAUUUCGAGCAAACUUAUUCCUUUCCAGUACACGGAUAUUUUCAAAUCGACAAUCAGGAAGAGAACGGACCUAUAAAAAUAGAAUUGAACGAAUUUCUGCGAAUUUCUGGGAGAAAAGAGAACGAAUGCGAAUGUCAGCAAACACUACGUACACGAGUAUCUGAAUUAUUGAUUUGGUCUCGUCGAGUUAAACAUAUGACGACUAGGGUUUUGUCAGCUAUCAAUUUCUCCAUUCCCUUCGUAUCCGAUAUCGAUGACGAGAAUGACGACGACGACAACGACGACGACGAUGACGACGACGACGACGACGACGACAACGACGACGACGACGACGACGACUCAUCAUUACGACGUUCCCUUCAUUCGCAACAAGGAAAUUAUACGAAUUUACAAAAGUAUUAUCGAAAAGAUGUUUCGAGUAAUGGCAAUUUAUGGGACGUGUUUGAUUUAUUUAGCAACAUUAAAACUGCUUUAUUUCGAGCGAUUAUCGAUUCUCUAAAUGGAUCUACCAAUAAAAUGGACGAUGAAUUUUCCUUUCAAGAAUCUUCUUCGUCUUUACGAAUGAGUUAUAUUGACUUGCUCGAUGGAACAAUGAAAAAUCUAAAAAUAAUUUCAGGUGACAAAGGUUACAUGCUGGUACUUGUUAUUCCGGAAAACGAACUUACCUCUGUGAUGGAUCUCUUGCAUUACCAAAUUUCUUCAUCCGAUACUCUCGUCAUCGUGACAGAAUUAUGCUCCAGGGAUGAUAUCAAGUAUCUGUCAUUUUUUGCCGAUGGACCAGAAGCUUCGACUCUUGAUCGUCGCAUAUGUACUAUUAAAGAACUUGCAGAUAUCAUUAAAAGUCUCUUAAGUCGUUCUUGUCGAAGGCAAGAUUGUCGCGAUGCGAAUCAACAUUUUCAUGAUAUUCCAAUUAGAAUAGCUCGAGACACGAAUGGAUCUAAAUUUUGGCAAAAUAAAAACGUAUCAACUCGAUUGUUAAUCGAUAAACAUACUACUCUGUUGGAAAAGAUCGAUGUAUCAAGCACGUCUCGUAUCAUGUUGAACAAAUUUCAUCAGUUUAUUGGCACGGUGACUUAUUUGAUCGUUUCGAUGACUCUCAAUUCCGAUUUUUAAUACAAAUUUUGUACAAAUUUGGAGUUGCUUCGAACGGUCGAAAGUGUACGAAAGUGUCUGUAUAGGAGAAAUUUUCCGAAUAAAUAACAUUCAUUACGUAAUUACAUAGAUAUAUCUGUGUUGUUGUUGUUGUUGUUGUUGUUAAGGAAUAAUCGAGCGUUAGUUUCGAGGCGUUACCCUAAUUCGUUCAAGAGUUCGAUGUACGAAAGCAAAUAAACAUCGAUAUCAUAACACUUUUUAUUUUUGUUACCUAACUUAAAAGCAAUUUCAUACAAUUACAACACAAUCGCUUACGAUCGUUACGAUCGUUACGAUCUUACGCUUUUCUACACACGUGAAUACCUUUCGUCAUAUCGAGUUAACGCAACCAACCCCUUUCUGACUAACCUGACGAAUGAUUUUGUAAAAGUCAACAAGUAAAAAAAUGAUUUUGUGCAUCGU